AUGUCGUCGAUCAGUCGCGUGAUGCUGCGACCGCUAACAUACACUAUUGCGGCUCGAGCAUUCUGUGCAUCUACUGGGGGAGCACCGCAAAACACAGGUCGUCCCCAUCAUCUCGAUUCUUCGACUACGAUAGUCCCUGGCCAGGAGCGUGCGCCGGCUUCCACGGCGACAUUGAAAACUGUGGGGAACAGCUAUAUAGGUCUUGGUAAGUUCGACGGUAUAGGCGACGACCCGAUCAGGCUGGCCCAAGCUAUCGCCUAUCUUGAGGGUGCUAUUGAGGCUGCAGGGAACGACAACUCCACAGAAGCAUUCCAGCUGAAUAGGAGUGUCAACUUGUAA